AGCAGACUUUCCAUUGAUGGGUGCGUCGCGAUGGGGGGCCAUGCACCGGCGCGUCGCAUUGGGGGCCAUGCACCGGCGUGCCAUGGGCCUGGCAUUUUUGGCCUUUUGCAAACUUGGUGGGAUACUUCCCUCUUUUUUGCAUGUCCGGCAUGGCAUUUCAGUUCGGCUGCCUGCGGUGCAAUGCACAGCCAGUUCAGCUUGCAGAGCUGGCGACGAGGGUCUCGUCGACACGAUUUGGGCGACGAGUUCCCGUCCAAAGCCGCUAAAGCGGAAUCGACAAGACAGACGUCUUUCUUCUGAGAAGGAAUCCACUGGGGACUUGUUUGCUUCCAAAAGGUUCAGCAAAAGCUUGUCGAAGGACAUCAAAAACAGAAUCCAAGAAAGUGGAAGAGCAGUGAUUCGCGCAGUUGGACCACAAGCUACUUAUCAGGCGUUCAAGGCCGUGACCGCUGCCAACGAGUUGCUGCAAGGAGUGGACCUCAAAGGUGACCAGGUGCUAGCUGCAGUACCAUCCUUCAGGCCAGUUCGCCUGAAUGAACAGGAGACGACAGUCACGUUCCUCGAUUGCAUGCUCUUGCCGCAGAUGAGUGCAGACAUUUCAAUCGAGGCAUCACAGAUGCUCACCUCAGGUCCUGCGAAGGGCCAAAUGUCGAAAAUGGCAGCUGCGAUUAAGAGCAGGAUAAGGGAGAGCUCCCGUGCAGUGGUGCUAGCCACGGGUUCGCGGCAAAUCUCCACGGCGACGAAGGCGAUUGUGCAGGCUGGCCGCUUCUUGCGAGAAGACCAGGGAUUCUCCGGAAAAGAUGUCAAGAUGCCGUCCAUCGCUGUCAUGCCACGCAUGCAUGAAUUUGCACCGAAGACCAUCCGAAAAGGGAAGGAGCGAGGUGAAGACGACCCCGUGACCAUCGGAAUGAGGUUCGAUUGCGUGGACGUGAGUGAUCGAUUCAGUACAGGUCGUAGACAAAGCAGCUCGACUUCUCACCAAGCACUCCCUCCCUGGAAAGCUUAAAAAGGCAGUGGUCCGUGAUGUGCUGC